AAUAAGAUCACAGCAAAUCUACGCCACUGCAUUGCGGGUAAGGAGUUGUUGGAAAUAGCUUCAAAACCAAAGGCAAUAUUGUGGUCUCGGGAAAAAACGUAUAUAUUGUUUUGAAAACAAUAUGGAGAAAUCAACAACUGCUGCUAUAUUAUUGGUCUUUUACAUUUUUGUCUUGUGUCCUCAACCAGGGAUUCAUUCACUUGCUCCUCCAUCUGACGUUCGUGAUUUUAGCUACUUGAAAUUUGUACGUAACGCAACUGAUCUACCAUUACAAGAAGAAUAUGACUACAUUGUAGUUGGAGGAGGCACGGCAGGGUGCCCAUUGGCAACAACUUUAUCUGCAAACUACUCGGUGCUCCUUCUAGAAAGGGGCGAUAUUCCAACAACAUAUCCAAGUGUGUCGACUGUCGAAGGGAUUCUUGAAAAUUUCAUGCUAGAAGAUGACGGUACGACGCCGCUCCAGAGGUUCGUAUCAGAAGAUGGUGUAGCUAAUGUAAGAGGACGUAUCCUAGGCGGGACAAGUAUGGUCAGUGGUGGUGCAUACUCAAGAGCCGACAGUGAAUUCUACAAGAAAUCAGGAAUUAAAUUGGACAUGAACUUAGUCAAUAAGUCAUAUGAAUGGGUUGAAGACACUAUCGUAUUCCGUCCGAAUGUAUCACAGUGGCAAUCUGUUGUGAAAGAUGCAUUGUUAGAAGCUGGUGUUCGUCCAGACAAUGGAUUCACUUUGGAUAGCGUUGAGGGAACUAAAAUCUCGGGUGCGUUGUUUGAUAAUCGUGGAAGAAGAUAUGGAGCUGUGGAACUGCUAAAUAAAGGACAUCCGAAAAACCUGAGAGUUGCAAUUCAUGCCACUGUAGAGAGGAUCAUUUUCUCUUCCAAAGCAUCAGAUCCGUCAGCUAAAGGAAUCAUAUACAAUGACUCAAACGGGAGGUCUCACUGGGCAUCGAUACGUGGUAAGGGUGAGGUUAUAUUGAGUGCAGGGGCAAUUGGGAGUCCUCAGCUUCUACUACUUAGUGGUGUUGGCCCAAAGUCCUACCUUACAUCUCUUAAAAUCCCAGUUGUUCACCCACAACCUUACGUUGGAAAGUUUAUGCGUGACAAUCCUCGUAGUAACAUUAUCAUUUUGCCCCCAUCUCCAAUAGUACCUACUUAUUCUCAGAUUGCUGGUUUCACAAGUGAUUUCGAUAUAGAGUCUAUCUCUGGCACGCCAUAUUCUAGUCAGGCCUAUAGUAUUUUCCCUAAUCCAACUAUUCCCGUGACGAUAAAUUCAAGUUUCGGGUUCUUUAUGGUCAAAGUUAGAGGACCCAUAUUGUCCCAUGGUUCUCUUAAACUGCAAUCAUCGUAUGAUGCCAAAGUAGCCCCAAAUGUCAAAUUCAACUACUUUGCAAAAGAGGGGGACCUUUCUCAAUGUGUUAGUGCCAUGGGGAAGAUGCGUGAUCUAUUAAAAACAAACGCAUUGAAACCGUUUAAGACUCGAGAUUUGCCAGGUCUAGAAGGUUUUAACCUUUUUAAACCAUCUUUACCAAUGAACCAGUCGGAUGAUGCAUCUUUUUGUCGAGAUACGGUAGCCACACAUUGGCAUUACCAUGGUGGAUGCUCCGCCGGAAAGGUAGUUGAUGGAGAUCUCCGGGUCACGGGGAUCAAGGCAUUACGUGUUGUUGAUGGAUCUAUAUUCAAUUCAUCACCAGGGACCAAUCCUCAGGCCACUCUUAUGAUGUUAGGCAGGUAUGUUGGCCUUCGAAUACUGGAAGAAAGAUCAGCUAGCAAGGGGCGUUGAUCAUAAUUCAACAUUUCAACCGUAUAUUGGAUAUCUUUGAUAUCAGAAUGACACGUUUCUUUAAGAUUUUGAUUAAUUUCUCAUGUAAUAGGUUGAAGAUUAUUCAACAAUGUUUAGUGUUAUGGCCAAUUUGGCAUGUAAUAAGUUGAAGACUAUUCAACAAGGUUUAGUUAUGGCCAAUUUGGCAUGUAAUAAGUUGAAGACUAUUCAACAAGGUUUAGUGUCAUGGUUAAAUUGUCACGUAAUAAGUUGAAGAUUAUUCAACAAGGUUUAGUAUAUAUAUACAUAUACUGUUAUAUGUCUUGAAAUUAUUGCAUUGAACGAAAAGGGGAAAAUUUUACA